AUGGGUUGGGUGUGGGAGGAGGACGAUGAUGAAGGUGAUGAAGACCUACCAUCACCUCCCCUAGCAGACAGAGCCAUCCACCAUCAUUCUUUCCUGAGGAACCCCAAUCUUGCUAGUAGCGCGUACAGUCGAAUGGCAGCUCAAAGGAAGAUUGGUGAAGUUCAGUCUGCUUCAAGGAACUUAAUGAGACCUGGAAGCUCAUUGAUGAAGGAUUGCUCAGCUGGAGGCAUAAGAACAUCAGAGAGCUUCCAGCCUGGCGGUACACUCUUCUCUGAGCACUUCUCUGCCAGUCCCUCUCUUAAUGAACGUCAAGAGAGAGGAAGAAGAGAGAAAAGACCCAACAUCAGCAAAACACACUUUCAGACCAACGAUAUCAGGCCUUUUUCCUCAUGUACCACCUCCAAAGUCAGCCUUUCUCAUUUAAAUAAUUCUAAAAAUACGACGGCGGCCAAAAGUAAACUGAAACAUGUCAAGAAGCCUCUCAAGAAAAAAACUCCCAGAAGUCAAGAGGUCACAGGAAGUGAGGUGAAGAGAAGAGGACGAGGUCGACCAAGAAAAAACCCUGCACCGUGUUUUUCUCCACCUUUACCUGCUACACCUUUACAUCAUGAAGCCACAGAGUCUCCUGCGAAACGUAAAAAAGGUGAAAGAGAUGACUACACAGUACUCAAUGCGCUUGAGUCCAUGGCUCACCAUGCGAAAAAGAAAAGAAGGAAAGAAAGAGAUGAAACGAGGAGCAGUGAAGCACAGGUAGAUGAAGUCGAAGACACAGGCCUGAGCCAAGAGCCCUCACAGUCACACAUUAACACAUCCUCACCUUCCCAGGAUCCAUCAGUGUCUGUAAACAGCCAAUCAGAGAAGAGGUCUGACGUGGCAGCUGAAAAGAAGUACGAGUGGGCGGGGCUUUUCUCUGAUGUGUAUAAAAGCGAGAACCCCACGAGUCUGUCCUCUCCAGUACACACAGACUGCCUUGACUAUGAUCCCGAAGAACAUGAGCACGGUCUACUUCCUGCACCUAUACACGUAGGAAAGUAUCUGAGGCUGAAACGGAUUGACUUUCAGUUGCCCUAUGACAUAUAUCGACUCUGUGCAAAGCAAAAGCGUCCUAAAAAGUCACGUAAGACCCCACAAAAGAUGGCCCCAUCCAAUGGAUCUGUUGAUGUAAUGUCUCGCACUCAGACCGAAGACAGUUCCUGUAAACAUCAGAAGCUCAGUGUGACUCAUGACUGCGUUUCUGACAGCCCUAAUCGGAAUGUCAGCCCUAGACCUAAUACAGAAGAGAUUGGAAAAGAAAUUAGUGAAACAGACAUUGAAAAUAAUCUUCCCAAUCAACCUGACCUUCCCAAACAGCAGGAGAAAGGCAAUGAUGCUGAAAAUAUCCCCUCCCCUCUCCUGAUGAUGCCCUUGUCUUGUGAGGAGAGGAGCUUCGUCUUGGAACAUGGCAUUUUUCUGGUGAGAAACUAUGAGAAAAUGAGAGACAGACAGUCAUUGCUCCUGAGGGAGGAGGUGACAGAGCGAGAGGAAGAAAACAAAGAAGAUGGAGGGAACAGCCAGAAAGGGGAUCUCGAAGACACCAGCACUAAGUCAGACCAGUGCCUGACUCACUCGAGCCCACAGUCUGAAAACAGAGAGGAAGACGAGGAGGGGAGAAGUGUACAGAGCAAAAACCUCACGCAAACACUCCAGGGCAUCUAUGACGUCAUUGUCAGUCACAAGGGGUCAUCUGGACAAACCCUCGCCGCUCCUCUGCUGAACCUGUGCUCCAGAAAGAGAUCAGGCUCAGCUCCUGUCGAUCUCAGUACGCUGCAGAAGCAGCUCCUCUCAGGCCACUAUGAGAGUCUGGACAGCUUUCAUUCAGACAUGCUGAAGGUGUUCCACUGCGCCGAGAAAUACUACGGUUGUGAGUCGUCGGUGGGUCGUAACGUGAGGCAGCUGAGGGAAGUGUACCACAGUGCUCAUCAGGAGGCCUUAACUCAGACCGGCAGUUUCCUGUGAGUGACAGAAAACCACAUCAGCGACCUCUGUCAGGGUGUUGCUGUGAUCAAACCCAGAGGCAUGAUGGGCCUUCCAGAAGGCAGAUAAUGCUCUCCGAUACCAAAGACCUGCUGUAUGUGGCACCCACAGAUGCACUGCACAGGUUAAGACAGCACUCCUGGAAAUGCCAUUUGUGAGCAUGGACACGGCUGAUGCUUGACAGCAUGAUUAGCUAAAAGCAGCUCAGCCUUUCUUUCUCUCAGGGAAAAGAAAGUCAAGCGAAGGAACAGGAGACAUAACACAAAUCAACAUCUGAGACUCCAGAUGAUUUCAUAUAUCCAAACAACAUGCAUUUCUUUCAUUUCGAGAUGUAACACUAAACAUAAACAUUUUGAAUGGGAUGCCAUGCGAACAGGACGUGGUUCUGUUUCGUCUUGAAGGAAUGAACAUCCACAGACUAUUUUAAAUCAUUCAACACACUACAUCAGCAUACCUACAAGAAAAUGGACUUCACUACUCUUAAGAGGCUUCGCUGACUGAACAGUAUUGAGUGGUGUGAACAGAUUUGUGGUCUACAGCCUUUUAGUGUUUUGUGUUGAAGGUUAUACCUAUAAAGUAAGCAAUAAUGCAUGAAAGGUUCAAUAACAGCCUUAAUGUAAGCAAAUGUGUGUUUAUAGUCAUUUUAGACCAGUAAUUUUUAUUUUAAAGGGAAUUGACUACCACUUUGUCCAGAGCUGUCUUGUGCUAGUGAUGUUUUGUAAUACAUUGAUUUGAAACAGUAAUCUUUAUAGCUUUGAGACGCUGAAAUAUUUUAUACGUUGUACAGUAUAUUUUAAAUAAUGUAUAUUUAGCAAAAUUAUGUUUUAGUAUGGUUCAAGAAACUCUAUUUACAGUCUUAAAUUGUUGUGGGAAUUAACCUGUUUUCCAUUGAUUCUUUAAUAAUAUUUUUAUAGGCGUCUCGAUGCAUGUUUAAUUUGAAACAGGACAUUUAAAUGUCUGUAAAAUAUUAGAUUUUCAUAGUCUUCUUUAUGCAUGGCAUACUUUAUGUUGCUUAAUAAUGUAUAAUAGCUGUGUAUACAUAUGCAACAAAUUAUAUGUCUAUGCUGAACUAAGAAAUUAAUCGUUGGAAGCUUAUUAAAAAGCAGAAUAAAUGAAUUAACCCAGCUACAUUAGUUCUCUCAUAAAAGUGAGUCGAUACUUGGACCAUUGUGCUUUUUAGAUUUAAUAGGUUUUAUUCUUUAUAGAUAAUAGUGCUAAUCAUUUUUAAUAGACACAAAUAAACCCACAGGAAGGGCUGCAGAUCUAUUUUUAUCUUUUAAUUUGUCCAUAAAAUGAUUAGUGCUUCAUAAGCCAAAUGUUCAUUACUUUAGCUUUGUCUAUAAACAAUUAAAAUGUGUGUCAGUGGACCUACAUUAGGUUAUUGCAUCAUAUGAAUCAUUAAAUAUUAUCUCUC